AUGCAUCGCAGCAACAACGCGGCGCCGGUGCUGGAUUUGCCGAGCCUCAAGGCCCCGGACGCCAACGGCCUUGAAGACGUCGAUGGCUGGAGCGACUACACGAGCGCCCACGAGCUGCCCGAAGCGUCGGGCUCGGACGACGAGCUCGACAUCGCAUUGGUUUCGACGCGCCUCUUGCCCGCGACCGCGUACGAGACGCCUAUGAAGCAACGCGCAUACGACGUCCGCUUUGACGCUGGACCCUUGGGGCUGGAGCUUGAGCGCGACUGGUCUGGGGAGCUCACCCUCGUCAAGAGCGUCUCACGUGCCGGGCCUGCGGAAGCGAGCAGUUUGAUUCGCAUCGGCGACGUCCUGCACGCGAUCGACCACGUCUCGUGCCUCGACCUGUCAUUGCUCGAGACGCAGUCGCGGCUCGCGUCACCCGGGCCCCAUACAUUGCACUUUACCUCGCCGUGCAGCUUUAGUCAGGUUGAGCGCGACGUGUGCAUCGCCAAGCAAUGCAUCUACGAGCACAAGGCGCGCUUCUACCGGCCGGUCGAGACACAUUGCGACCUCCUCUUCGGCUGCAUUGAGCGCUACCGCGGCGACGACAUUACGUCGUUUCACCUGCACCGCGAAGACACGGGCGAGUUCCUUCUGGCCUGCAGCUGUGAGAGCGACCUCUCGGGGCCGUUCCUCUUCCAUACGCUUCGUGACACGCAUCUUCGCCGGUGGAAGGACUUGCCACGCGGCGAAGACAGCGCCGUGUACAUGGGCGAACUGGUCGCGAACUUCCUUGGCACGGAGUUUCAUGUGCUGGACCACGCGCGCCGCGAACUCGGUUUCUUUGUCUACGACUCGAACGUCCUCGGGCGCUGCCCCAACAGCCUUGUGCUGGCGCUCAACUGCGCGCCGCACACGGCACCGCCCAGCGAACGCUACAAGAAGCGGCAGCAAGCGCGGGAUCCGUCGGUCCUGGACCGCCUCCGCCUCGAAGUCGAGUCGUUUGUCGAGGCGCUCACGUCUCCGCGCAACAGCAAGCCACCGUCGCCCGAGUACAACGCCGUCACGCAAGACGACGACGACUUGGACGACCUCGCGCUCUUUCAAACAACCAAGCCAGCGUGGAACGAAGCGAUGCACGCGUGGACACUGCCCUUUGACGGCCGCGUGCACGUCCCGUCCAAGAAGAACUUUCUCCUGAGCGACGACGCGCAUCAAGGGACGGUCCUGCGCUUCGGAAAAGUCUCCAAAGUCCGGUUUACCUUGGACUUUCAAGCCCCCUUGUCGCCACUGAUGGCGCUCGCGGUCGCCGUCUCGGCGUUUGCCAAGAAGCGCAUCGUGACGUCGUAAGCCCGUGCAAAUAAAUGCAAUUGGCCUGCUUUCUCG